AUGUUCGGGAGGUACUCGCACUCGUUGCCUCCAGGUCGCCACCGCUACAACAUAAUGUCGGAAACCGUCGGCCUGGUGAACAUGAAGAGCGUUUGCCUCGAUGUACCUUUUCAGCGUGUGAUGACCAAGGACAAUUUAGAGAUGAAGAUAGACGCCGUGUGCAUCUUCAAAGUAUUCGACGCCGAGAAGGCGAUGUUCGCAGUUGAGAACUACCAAUACGCCCUCGGCAACCUGGCAAUGGUCACCAUGCGCACAGUGGCGGGGGAGAACACCUUGGCCGAGACGUUCUCCGAGCGGACGCGCAUCAACGCGCGGAUCACGCAGCUGAUCGACGAGGCCUCCGACCCGUGGGGCGUCAAGGUGGAGAGAGUCGAGCUCAAGAGCCUCGAGAUCAGCGACACGAUGCAGCGCGCCAUGGCCGCCCGCGCAGAGGCGGACCAGGAGGCCCAGGCGAAGAUCAUCGCCGCCCGCGCGCAGCGCGACGCCGCGUCCAUCUUGACGGAGGCGGCGGAGAAGAUGGCCGCACAGCCCGCCGCCCUCCGCUUGCAGUGGUUCGAGACGUUGCGCAUCAUCGCCACUCAGGGGAAGAACUGCACGGUGGUAGUGCCGGACGGCUUCGACAACGCGGCCGCACUGUCCGCCGCCAAGGCCGCGGCCUGA